CUCUCUCUGCUGGCGAUGGCGCGACUGUUGCUGCUCCGGGUGGUGUCUCUCCUUCUCGGACACCCGGGAAUCGCCCUCCCGCCCCCGGCUCCCGCAGGCUCCUCCUCACACUCCCUGCGCUAUUUCACCACCAUUGUCUCAGAUCCUGGGGAGAAGGUGCCACAGUUCUUUGCUGUGGCCUACGUGGACGACCAGGAGUAUGCGCACUACAAUGCCAGCACAAAGAGACUUCUUCCUACAGCCCCCUGGAUAAGGAAGAUGGAGGAGGAAGACCCUCAGUACUGGGAGGAGCAGAGCCAGUUUGCGUGGAAUGCGGAGCAGGUCUUCCGAGUGGACCUGGUGAAUGUGGCCCGGUACUACAACCAGAGCGGAGGGGCUCACACUCUACAGCGGAUGUACGGCUGUGAGCUGAGGAGAGACGGGAGCAAAGGAGGGUAUUUCCAGUCUGCCUACGACGGGAGGGACUACAUCAGCUUUGACAAGGAGACCCUCACCUACACGGCAGCCGAUGUCCCAGCCCAGAACACCAAGAGGAAGUGGGAGGCUGAACCUGGCAUUGCCCAACGCCAAAAGGCUUACCUGGAGGAGGAGUGCAUUGAGUGGCUGCAGAGACACCUGGAGUACGGGAAGGAGACCCUGCUGAGGACAGAGGAGCCAGAAGUGAAGGUGACACGCAAGGCGGCCCAUGACGGCAUGGAGACCUUGAUCUGCCGGGUGGGGGGCUUCUACCCCAAGGACAUCGACAUCGACUGGACAAAGGAUGGGGAGGUCUGGACGCAGGAUGUCUACCAUGGCCUGGUGUCCCCCAACUCAGAUGGGACUUACUACACCUGGAGGAGCAUCAAGGUGGACCCCAAGGAGAGGGAACGCUACAAAUGCCACGUGGAGCACGAUGGGCUUCCGAAGCCUGUGGACGUGGCCUGGGAGGAGCCUGCCUUCAACUUGGGGCUCAUCAUCGGGUGUGUCGUGGGAAUUAUCUUCCUGAUGGCUGGGAUUGUUUGGAUUGCUGUGUAUUUCAAAAAACAUCACAGUGGAUACAAAGCAGCUGCAGCAAGUGAACAAGGAUCCAACAGCUCUGGGACAGGUUCUGCUGUGCCCAUCUAGCAACUUCAAAGCAGAUUAUCUAGCAGUGUAGAAGGGAAGCCCUAAUUCCCCAUGAGGAACCUGCCUCCUACCUCAUGCUGAAGCAAGACGACAGCUGGGGACGUAACAGCCUUAAAUAGCCUGCAGCUCCUCCCCUGUCAUAUGACUGGGCCAGCAAAGCCAACCAGCCCCAUUCAUGGUCUCAUUCAUGGGGGACUUCAAAUGCUUCCCCCAUAUGCCUUAUGCUUUGCCUGCUGACUACUGCUACAACUUGUUCGCUUCCAUUAUGUUGGCUAUUGUUGCUAUUGCAUUGUAAAUUGGCAGAAAGGUAGGUCAUGAGUAUGAAUAAAUUGUCAAAAUUUG